AUGUGUUCCAGAGCAACUAAUUGGAAACCUAUUUUAUGUGUAAUUGGAGGGAUUAUCAUCCAGUGCACUUAUGGAUACUUUUACACUAUUGGUAAUAUGGCACCAUAUAUUUUGGAUUAUCUGAAAUAUUACAACAUGUCAGUUUAUGAUAACUCUAUCAUGUGGUUGACAUCCGUUGCAAUGGGAUUCGAAGCACUAGCUAUGCCAGUUGGUGGUGCUCUUUAUCGAAAAUUUGGGAUCAGAAUUGUGGUAACAAUCAGCUGCUUAAUGCACAGUGGAGGAGUUGUCCUUAGUUUCUUUACAUUAAGUCGUGGAUUUAUUCCAUUACUAAUAACCUAUGGUAUAAUACAAGGUGCUGGUUUUGGAUUCGGUUAUUCAGCUAUCAUAGCUGCAUCAAUUGCUUGGUUCAAAAACCAUAGAGGUUUAAUUGUUGGCCUGAUCAUUGGUGGAUUCGGUGCUGGAGCGAUCAUAUUUACACCGAUUCAAACAAUCUACAUUAAUCCGAAUAAUGUACCUAUAAAUAAUGUUACUAAACGCUUUGAAGAUGCCGACUUAAUUAAUCGUGUCCCAUAUGUGUUUUUAUUAAUUGGGGGAAUAUUAUUGGCUAUUCAAAUAGUUGGAAUAAUAAUGAUGACCGAUAAACCAAAGAAGAAAAAUAUUGAGGUGUCAAUUCAUGAUCUCAAAUGUUCAGAUGGAUUAUAUGAACCUGUGCCUGUAAAUAAUGAGGUAAUUAAUAUACGACCAAUGGAAGCACUGAAACGAAGAGAAUUCUAUCUUUUGUGGAUUAUUGUUUUUUGUUCCGGUAUACCGUUAACAUCGCUAGCAACCGUUUUUAAGCUUUUUGGUAAAGCUCAUAUUAAUGAUGAUAGAUUUUUAUCACUUAUGGGUGUCUUGUCGUCUGUUUUCAAUGCUGCUGGACGCGCUUUUUGGGGGACUAUCACUGAUCGCAUUUCAUUCAAGGUCCCGUUGUAUAUUAUAUUUUCCUUCUGGACCAUCUUGUUUAUCUCAUUUCCCCAUUUACCAGCGAUAUUUGGUAGAGAAAUUAAAGUUGGAUUUGCUAUCUGGUUAUGUAUUCUUUAUUUAUUACUCAGUGGUGUACUUGUCUGUGCACCAACCGCUACAGAGACUUUAUUCGGUCCAAUUAACAUGGCUGUAAAUUAUGGAUUAGUCUUCAAUGCCUUCGUAAUUGGUGGUUUAUUCGUAUCUCUGAUAUCCAUCGUUGUACCGCAAUUCCAUGAAUGGAAUAAUCUAUUUUAUCUGUGUGCUUCAGUGUGUGUUUUUGGUUUGUUGCUGUUGCCAUGGAUAAAUGAUCGAAAAAUGCCUCAGUAUUUCAAUCUAUAUCAUCUAUACAGAAAGUUACGACAAAGAAGUUGA